ACGUAUUAAGUGUAACAUGCCAUUCUCCAGAGGUUAGGUUUAUAUUCAGGUAUUUGACAGGCUCCUUGGACACGUCAGAAUCAAUCAAAUUAAACCUAAACAUGGAUGGUCAACCAUUGGAACCCACAUUGUAUACAGUUAAAGGAAUGGCCAUUCUCGAUAACGAUGGCAACAGAAUACUGGCAAAGUAUUAUGACAAAAAUGUAUUUCCAACAUCAAAAGAACAGAAAACCUUCGAGAAGAAUCUGUUCAGUAAGACACAUCGGGCGAAUGCAGAAAUCAUCAUGCUGGAUGGUUUGACUUGUGUCUACAGAAGUAACGUAGACUUGUUUUUUUACGUCAUGGGUAGUUCACAUGAAAAUGAAUUAAUUUUAAUGAGUGUUCUGAACUGCCUGUAUGACUCAGUCAGUCAAAUUCUUAGAAAGAAUGUGGAAAAGAGAGCAGUAUUGGAUAGUUUGGAUAUAGUGAUGUUAGCAAUGGAUGAAAUAUGUGAUGGAGGUAUAAUUCUGGAUGCGGAUGCAACGAGUGUAGUGCAGAGAGUAGCAUUGCGAACGGAUGACAUUCCACUUGGAGAACAAACAGUAGCACAGGUACUACAAUCGGCUAAAGAACAACUUAAGUGGUCUUUAUUAAAAUAAGUAAUUUUUUUUGUAUAUGAUUCUAUAUUCUUGCAUAAAUCUUUGCAAU